CACGAAAGGGACCAUGCAGUCACCAUUGUUCAUCGUGGCCUUUAUUGGCAUAUUGAUGUGCAGAUACAUCUAUGUUCACGCACAAACAGACGACGGCAGCGAUGACAACAGUUGGCUGGAUUAUGGUUCCUUUUGUCAAUGCAUAACACUUCAUGCCCACGACCACUUUCAUCCACAAGAUAAUGUCACGGCCAAAGUCUGCAACGAUAUCAAUGGGACUACGAACGAUUGGCCAGCUGACAAGAACAGCAUAAGUUUUUUGAAGCAUUGUGAUUUCGACUUCGACGACGCCGAAGCAGCAGUUACAACCUUCGCCGAAAGCUGCCGAACCGCAGACCAAGAAUAUUUCCACCUCAACGUCACGGGUGCGCAAUGCUGUCCCAAAGGCGAUGGUGCGUGCCAAGGUGACAAUACGCCUCCUCCAGAGGAAAUUCCUCCCCCGACAAACAAGACCGAGAAGCGUCAAGACGAAGACUAUUUCGUCGAUAAGACUGCUUUUUGUCAGUGUUCGCAGGCUUUUCCCAAUGAGACGUUUUAUGCCGUAAAAGUCAAUACGUAUGAAGUCUGUGAUUGGUAUAAUCAGACGGGAGGAGCUAUUGAUGUUCCGAAAUAUACGACGGAAAGUGAAGGGACUAUUGCUCAUUGCCAAUUCCCCGACGCCGAAAAAUCCAUCGACCAAUUCUCCCAAGACUGCAGAAACGUCGACAAGUAUCUCUUUCAAGGCGUCACUGGUGCCCAGUGUUGUCCCAAAGGCGAUGGAGCGUGCGUGGCGAAUAAUACGGGAAUUGAUGAUACGACGUCGACGCCGAUGAAGAAGUAUAUGUUUUUAUAAAUAAGGGG